UGGGUCAACUGUCUUUAUCCCCCCUCCUCUCUCGGUUCAUCUGUACUCGCUGCUCCCGCUCAUUCUUUAACACUCACUUUACUUUUGUCGUUUGAACCAGAGCGCCUUGAUUUUAUUCUUGCUCAGCAGAUUCAUCAUCGGAAUACAGCAGGAAGGCAGAAAAAAGGAAUCAUAUGUUGAGAAGCCUUUCUGAAGGGGACUUCUACAUCAAAACGGGCAACGGGAAUUAGGCCAAACAGAUGGAUGACCUAGAUGAUAACAUUUCAUCCUCUGGUUUUGAGCCACUCUUCAUUAAGGAAGAGGAGGGGGAUCCAGAGAGAUCCCUCAUGGAACAAGGAGAAUGCAACACAAACCUCCAUGACCUCACCUUCACAGGCGCACAGCUAAAGCAAUCAGCUUUGAUAAAGCCAUACCUACAGGAGAUGGAUGACUUACUGAAGAGCUGUGAAGAGCUCACCGGUAUUUCAUUUGGCUCUCAGUACUCAGCAAAUUAUACUGAAACAAAUCUGAAUGAAUCCAGUCAUGGUCAGGCAAAAGAGGAAGUAACAGUGGAAAAGUGUGGAGAAGCAUGGAAACACCCCCAAGCCUAUCUUUCAACUAGCUACAUUGACACACACAUAGAUGGGACCAGUGCCGAAGAAAAGCCUGCCCAGGGCCAAUCGCAUUGCAUGGGAACUGUCAUCGACAGGUGUGGCGUGACCACAGAACGCUGUCGCCAGGCAGAAAUGCCUCUGACAUCAGCAGGUAACAAACUGAGCAAAACCAUGGUGGAGUAUGAAGGCCAGCUGCUGGGGAUGCUAGCCAUGCUGGAGGGCUGUAUGGAAGAAACUGGCAUGGAUUUUGAACCCCAAGAGUGGGUUACAGAUGAAAGCCAAGAAUAUGUACACAUCAACAAGAACCCUCAGCUUUAUAGAGGCACAACACUGGUGCCCAUUCAGCAAGAGAGGCUAUUAAAGACGGAGAGCCAGCCAAUGCAAUUGGACUCCUGGGAAGAAGGUCAAGUUUCCAAGGACACCGGGAAAAGAAUGACAGCAGGUUCAGCAACAAAUGGCAGCCAGCACAAAGAUUUGUCUGGCCAUGACAUGAUGGGUGAGCUCUCUGUGGACCGAUCAGAAAGCCCAGGUCAUCUAAAAACAGACAAGGUGUUCGGCUUUUCAGAGACACCCAUAGAUACUACAGAAGAGAACACGAUGUACUGCGAGGGAAUGAAGCCUGGACAUAUAUUUGAUGAAAGCACAGAAACAACAGGAGAUGUGAUUGAGAUUGAUGUAGAUGCCAAUGAACUCCUGUCUGAGAAGCCAGAAGAACUCAAGAGAGACACCUUAGAUCUGGGAUCUAGUGUGACAGAAUUAGAGGCCUUGGGGACUCAGAUGGAGGACUGCAUUGAAGGGGUACAGCGAUUACAGAAGAGGAGGAAGGAGCUGCUGGUAGAGGUGCUGUGCCUGAGAGGGGAAAUGGGCCAAGGGGCAAGUGAGGAGGAGGAGGAGGAGCGGAUUGAUAACAAAGUGGCAGACCUGAUGAAUGUGCUCAAAAAAGAACAAGAAGGCAGAAGGGGAGAAAGAAAGAGGGAGAGAGAGAUCCUCAGGGAGGAGAGGGCAGAGGAGGAAAGAAGGAUGUGGAAGGUGAACCUGGAGAGACAGGGGCUACAAGAUGAGCUUAGAAAGCUGAAGAGGAGGCUAUUUGCAAUGGCGAGGGGCUGCGCCCACAGCCAGGCAGCUCUGAACAACCAGCGCCGUGAAGUGGAGAUACUAAAGAGAGAAGAGGAGAAGCUGAAGUCCUUGGUGCUCCAGCUGAUAGAAGAGGGCUGCCAGCUCAGGCUGGCCCAACAACAACAGCUCUCAGUAGUAAGAGCGAAGCUCCAGGAACAGAGCUCCAGUCAGACUACCAACACUGCAGAGGAGCUGACUGAAUGCAGGAGGCAUUCAUGUGGGGACAUACAGCAGUAUGUGGAGGGUGGCCUGAAAGCAUUGGAGGACAGGUAUGAGCCCAUUUUGCUUGCACUGUUGAAGAGAAGAGAGGCAACAGCUGGCGCAAUCGUUAAAGCCAAAGAGCAGGCCCAGGAGCUGAGAGCCCAGCUGAGACCUCUGAUGGAGGAGAUAGAAAAACUGAAGCUGCAGAGGGCUUGUUUGGAGGAGAAACUCAAUCUUAUCCACAUGCAAAGAAGAGAAAACGUGGGGCAGUACAAGGAGACGGUGCACUGUCUGGAGGAGAGCAGCAGAGAACUGAAGACUGAGUUACAGAUUCAGAAGCGAAAAACCAAAGAGAUCAAGGAGUUGAGAGAUAGCCUUAACGAGCAGCUCCUACUUUACAGAAAUGCCAUUCAGGACCAUAACAUGGGUGACAAUGAGGAGGAAACAUGACUGUUCUUCACACAAAAUGAGCUUGUGUUUUAGGAAACAUAGUAAACUCUAAAGGUUUGAUCAGUGCACUUUAACACAUAUAAACAUACAUGCUGUUAUAGGACAAAACCAAGGCAAUCUUUUUUUUUUGUAAAGAUAAACUAGACUGCAGCUUGUAGGAAAGUUUUUGUUAUGAAUAAACGCAGUGUGUUCUUUGUAA